CACCCGGGCUCCGCUACAAAAGACGGCUGCGGCGCACCGGGCGGAACUUUCCAGAACGCUCGGUGGGAGGCAGAGGAGCGGCGGCUGCCCGAGCAGUGCACAACUAAGCGCUCCUUUCCGCUCCACUGCGUGGGCCUCUGCCCUCUCACCGGCUGUAGAAAAUGGUGAAAGAAACCACUUACUAUGAUGUUUUGGGAGUCAAACCCAAUGCCACUCACGAAGAAUUGAAGAAGGCAUAUAGAAAACUGGCCUUGAAGUACCACCCUGAUAAGAAUCCAAAUGAAGGCGAGAAGUUUAAACAGAUUUCUCAAGCUUAUGAAGUUCUCUCUGAUGCGAAGAAAAGGGAAUUAUAUGACAAAGGAGGAGAACAGGCGAUUAAAGAGGGUGGAGCAGGUGGUGGUUUUGGUUCCCCCAUGGACAUCUUUGAUAUGUUUUUUGGAGGAGGAGGAAGGAUGCAAAGAGAAAGGAGAGGUAAAAAUGUGGUACAUCAGCUCUCAGUUACCUUAGAAGAUUUAUAUAAUGGUGCCACAAGAAAACUGGCUCUGCAAAAGAAUGUGAUUUGCGACAAAUGUGAAGGCCGAGGUGGCAAAAAAGGAGCAGUAGAGUGCUGUCCCAAUUGCCGAGGUACUGGAAUGCAAAUAAGAAUUCAUCAGAUAGGACCUGGAAUGGUUCAACAAAUUCAGUCUGUGUGCAUGGAGUGCCAGGGCCAUGGAGAACGGAUCAGUCCUAAAGAUAGAUGUAAAAGCUGCAAUGGAAGGAAGAUAGUUCGCGAGAAGAAGAUUCUGGAAGUUCAUAUUGACAAAGGCAUGAAAGAUGGCCAGAAGAUAACAUUCCAUGGUGAAGGAGACCAAGAACCAGGAUUGGAGCCAGGAGAUAUUAUCAUUGUGUUAGAUCAGAAGGACCAUGCUGUUUUUACUCGACGAGGAGAAGACCUGUGCAUGUGUAUGGAUAUACAGCUGGUUGAAGCAUUGUGUGGCUUCCAAAAGCCAAUAUCUACUCUUGACAACCGAACCAUAGUCAUCACCUCUCAUCCAGGUCAGAUUGUCAAGCAUGGAGAUAUCAAGUGUGUGCUAAAUGAAGGCAUGCCAAUUUAUCGUAGACCAUAUGAAAAGGGUCGCCUAAUCAUUGAAUUUAAGGUAAACUUUCCUGAAAAUGGCUUUCUUUCUCCUGAUAAACUCUCAUUGCUGGAAAAACUUCUACCAGAGAGGAAGGAAGUAGAAGAGACUGAUGAAAUGGAUCAAGUAGAACUGGUGGACUUUGAUCCAAAUCAGGAAAGACGGCGCCAUUACAAUGGAGAAGCAUAUGAGGAUGAUGAACAUCAUCCCAGAGGUGGUGUUCAGUGUCAAACUUCUUAAUGAGGCCAGUGAAUGACACUCAUGCUGGCAUUUUUGUGCAGUAACGAAUGAGUGAAGGACUGUAAUCAUAAUAUGCUCACUACUUGCUAUUGUUUCUGUUUUAAUAUUCAACUAUAGUAGUGUUUUAAAGGUUAAAUGAAGAAUAAAUGCAAAUAUAAAAGCUCUGACUUUGCCCUGUAUGUAUGACUUCAGUGUGCAAGAUGAAAUUUAAUACCUGUUAAAAACUACUUUAAAAAAGAGUUCCUGGCAUUUGUUAGGACAAACCUUGCAAUUGAUUUCAGCUGUGUCCAUGAACAAACUUAGAAUGAAAUGCUAGGUGUAUGCAUUGGCUUCAGUGUAUGACCCUUCAUUGUUAAGCUAUGAAAUUAAAACUCUGUAUUUAACUGGCAAUCAGAUAAAGAAAACUUAAUUUGUAGAGAA